UUAUAAAACGAAAGAUAACUACUGAUAAUCCAAUACAAUAUCAGGGUUAGUGAAAUUUACCUUGGAUGUCUUUCAUUGAAAUCAAAAUUUUGGAGGUUUCCGAACUUUUUAUGGACAAAUCAAGACUAAACAGACUUGGAAACUGGUUAAAAAAGAGUUCUAUUCUUAUGAGGAAGAAAAUGAUGACAGACAGCCUUCUGUUUCAAAAGAUGUUAAUAAUUUGUUGCAUUGGUUCAGUACAAGCUGCAUCGAUAAAAGCAAGGGAUUAUUCGAAAAAAUCAGAGAACGUAACAAAAGCCAUCGAUGAUUUAUUAGUGGGAUAUGACAACCGCCUGAGACCUUAUUUCGGUGGUAUACCACUGAAUAUAUCUGUGUACAUAACCGUGGUAUCCAUAAGUAACGUCAUAGAAAAGGACAUGGAGUUUUCUCUGGAUUUAUUUUUCAAGCAGUCAUGGAAUGACCCAAGAUUAAGCCAUUCAGUAGGAUUUCCUCUGAUUCUGCCAGGCAAACUCAAGGAAAAUAUCUGGAUUCCUGACACUUUUAUUCUCAAUGUCAAAACAGCCAAGUUUCACAACGUACCCGCUUCUAAUGUUCGUAUUGUCAUUGAGCAAAAUGGCCAAAUUGAACUUAGUGAAAGAUUAACUGUCACAGCUUCCUGCCGUAUGGACCUUAGAAGAUAUCCAUUAGACAUUCAAACAUGCGCUCUGGAGAUAUUGAGUUACUCUUAUGAUGUCAACGAUAUUGAUUACUAUUGGAAGCCAAAGGAGGAUCUUAUCAUUCUUGAUCCUGAGAUGUCUGAGUUUGAAUUAUCUGACUACAAGGGAGAGAGAAAACAAGUGAAAUACGUUAUUGGGACCUACAUUCAUCUCGUUGCCAAUUUCGUAUUACAACGUCGACUCGCCUAUUCGUUCAUCCAAAUCUACUCCCCAACGUUUCUAAUCGUUGUAUUGUCUUGGCUCUCCUUUUGGAUAUCAAAAGAUGCCGUUCCCGCCCGAGUAGCCCUGGGAAUUACUACUGUAUUGACUAUUGUUACUUUGAUGGGGUCCUUGAGAAAUACAGUUCCUAAGGUGUCUUACAUCAAGGCAAUCGAUUGCUACCUUAUCGUUUCUUUCCUCUUCGUGUUUGGCGUAUUGCUUGAGUACAUAGCAGUCUUGAUGCACAGCCAACACAACGCAAAAAAGAAAAUGAAAGGAAAGAAGAUAAAGAGCCGAGCGCAUUUGGACAUCGAUGGAUUUGCUGCCAAUAUAACUUAUCGUCCUUCCUCACUGGCAUCUUCACCUUCGAGAACUUCCAUGUCUCGACUCUCUUAUAACGAUCCUACACCCAUACAUACCAGCAGAAUUCAUCUAGCUCCACCUGGCCCAGGUCAACACCCACACAGAAGAUCGGCUUGUGCUGGCAAAAACAUCAAAUCGAAUAUGGCGACCAAUAUUUCAAUAAGUAUUAUACUCUUAUACCCGGACCUGCUAUAUCGCACAGCCCCUAUGCCGCCACCCCGCCAAGGCCAAGCUUUUUCGACUGGUUUUGCAAACCCAAACUUAAAUGUUUUCAGUCGACAAAGGACAAUGAAGUGGAUCUUUUUGACCGAUUAGCACGUAUAUUAUUCCCCUUCUCUUUCAUAAUCUUCAACAUCGGCUAUUACGUUUACUAUAUGUAAACGUUAUUACGUGAAGUGAUGUAGUUUCUGUGAAAUAGAAUAUAACGGCGACACGCAAGCUAUCACUCUUUUAUCACGAAAAAUUGACCGCUACGCGGCAAUCAUUAAAUGUGGGAACAGGAUGUAUUAAUGUUUUUAGGUAUGUCGAAUUCGUUCAUUAUUAGUUUUUUAUUUCAAUUAGCAUUUCAUAGUCAGCGUUAACAUCGACAAAUCAAAUCACAAAAAUUAUUUUCAAUGAUUGUAAGAAAUAAGCUGUAUGGGUGUUCACUUGUGCAACUGUGAAUAAAUCGCUACGGGUUGUACGCGAAACUGCAAUACCACGUCAUAGGUAUAAUGUUUUCAUGGUCGUCAUUUCCAUUUUUUAAAAAAACGUCAAUUAAAGAUAGUGGUGUGCCAAAACCUAGUAAAUAGAAUAGCAUGUUUAGUGUGAAACCACAUAAAAGAUCACGCGACGGAAACAAAGUUCACAACAUAAUUUUUUGACUACCGCUAGCGGGGAAUGAAGGGUGAGCAAAGGAUCGAUUGUCACUGGCUGCAGCAAUAUAAGAGCUUUGCUUAACCUAUAGGGUUUUUCUCUUGCAUCCUCUACAUUUCAUCUUAUAUCUCAUAGUCGUAAUUUAUACUUUCAAUUAAAUUGCAACUAUUUUUUUGUAUGUGCGUUGAAAUAAAUAAA